AUGGUGCAUACAGAUUCCAAGAACAGUAGACAGGUUGUCACCACCAGCGAAUUUAUCGGCCAAGGGAAAAAGGGGGUAAAAAAUUCCCUCCAGAUCCUCAACUGGGGUAUAAAAGGAGUUGUUCUACAAGGAGUGGGACAUUGUGUCUUUGACAGUCGUGCCGUCAGUACGUGUGUGUACCACCAGUACGUGUGUGUGAUUUUAGUAUAUUGGUUUUGGAUCACUUUCAUCUUUAUCAACAUCAAGAAUGAGCAAAGCUGUACGAUGUCAGCAAACAGCAAACUCAGUGGACGAGUUUGUUGUCCUGGAGGAGGCAUUCAAAUCCCGACUCACGACCCUAUACUACAAUAAUGCAUACAAGGAUGAGCCUGCCAAAGAUUUCCACACCUUUCUGAGCAGUCUGAAGGAUAAAAUUGUUCACAUCAUCAGUCAACAACUGCAGACACAUGGAGCAAUGAAGUUC